GCUGUAUGCUCAGCAAUAGGAAAUGCUUUAUUAGCUGGGAGUGGUGGAGAAAAGCCAGGCAGGAAGAGGCAGUAAUAAGAAACAUUUUUUGACUUCUCCCACAUCAAGAGCUCUGAGAUCUUGCCAAACUGCUGCGUUUGGGGAACAGGGAGAGAGGAACGAGCCCCCAGGACUGGGGAGGGAACUAGACACACACACCCCUCUCCCCAGCUGGGACAGACGUGGGGUGGGGAGGACGGAGGCUGACUCAUGAAUCUGCUUCAGGCUGGAGCUUGCAGGGCAGUGGGGAGCUGCCUGGGGUGAGCUGGAAAAGUGUCCGUCGAAGGCUGGGAUCCAGACACUGCAACCCAAGGAAAAUCGCCUCUGGCUCUGGGAAAGGGUCACCACAGCCCUGCUAGCAGCAGACAGAGAGCCGGAUACAGGACGCCCAGACCUGGGUCGGGCAGGUUCCGUUCCACCUCCAGAGGCUCGGCAGAACCCGCCCGCCCACAAGCAGCCUCUCCUCUGGCCGGAGCUGUCAAUGAGAGGGAAAGAGCCGUAGAGAAAAUGCUGCAAGGAGCCAUUGGGAGCUUUCUCCUGGUCGUUCUGACUGUUCCAAGGAGCGUUCCAGCUGAGAACCUGAUGUGCGCCUGUGACGACCACGUGCAGCCCUGUGACCAUGCCACCUGCUGGGGGAAGGUGUGUUUUGUGAGCAAAACCCGGGAGAACGGGAAGGCCACCCAGCGCAAGGGCUGCCUGAGUGAUAAUAUCCCGGAGCACUGCCAGACUAAACCCAUGGAAGAAUACGCCAUGAGCUGCUGCAGCUCCAACAUGUGCAACGAGAACACUAGUGUCCUCCUGAAAGGCCAGGAGCAGCCCGAAGAACCUGCCUCUCUGACGAACCUUCUCCUGAUGAUCCUCGUCCCCCUGCUGGCCCUCCUCGUGCUCAUCACGCUCUCCUUCUGGAAGCUGGCUCAGCACCGCAGGAAGCGGCUUCUCAUCAGACAUGAUGACUUGGGGGACGCAGACAACAUGCUGAAAGCCUCCAUGGUCGGAGACAGCACCUUAGAGGACCUGCUGAACGAGGACUGCACGACGGGCAGCGGCUCCGGGCUGCCCUUUCUUGUUCAAAGAACGGUGGCUCGGCAGAUCACUCUGGUGGAAUGCGUAGGGAAAGGGCGCUACGGGGAGGUGUGGCGCGGCGUGUGGCACGGGGAGAACGUGGCCGUGAAGAUCUUCUCCUCCCGGGACGAGCAGUCAUGGUUCCGUGAGACGGAGAUCUACAACACGGUGCUGCUCAGGCAUGACAAUAUCCUGGGCUUCAUCGCCUCUGACAUGACGUCCAGGAACUCCAGCACCCAGCUCUGGCUGAUCACUCACUACCACGAGAACGGCUCGCUCUACGACUACCUGCAGAGGACAGUGCUGGACACACCGACCUGCCUGAGGCUGGCCUGCUCCAUCAUCUGCGGCCUGCUCCACCUGCACGUGGAGAUCUUCGGGACCCAGGGGAAACCAGCCAUCGCUCACCGGGACCUGAAGAGCAGGAACAUCCUGGUGAAGAACAACCUUGAGUGCUGCAUCGCAGACCUGGGGCUGGCGGUCAUGCAUUCCCAGGGCAGCGACUACCUGGACAUCGGGAACAACCCUCGGGUUGGCACCAAACGCUACAUGGCCCCCGAGGUCCUGGACGAACAAAUCCGUACCGACUGCUUCGAAUCCUAUAAGCAGACAGAUAUCUGGGCAUAUGGUCUGGUGCUCUGGGAAAUCACCAGGAGGACAGUUGUUAACGGGCUAGUGGAGGACUACAGGCCUCCUUUCUUUGACAUGGUGCCAAGUGACCCCAGCUUCGAGGAUAUGAAGAAGGUGGUUUGCACUGACCAGCAGACGCCCAGUGUCCCUAACCGGCUGUACUCUGACUCGAUUUUGUCCGCCCUGGCUAAGAUCAUGAAGGAAUGCUGGUACCAGAACCCCUCUUCUCGGCUCACAGCCAUGAGGAUUAAAAAGACACUAAAGAAUCUGAGCAGCUCCCUAGAAAAACCCAAACAAGAUGAUUAAAUGCGGGGAGCAGGCCCGAGAGCGCUGCCGUCGGGUGUCUUACUCGCUCAGGCUCCGAAGCAGCAGAGAAGCCAAAGAGGUUCAAGGGCACUGAGUUUAUGCUGCGUGCAGGGAGGGGGCCAGGGCUCUUUGCGCAACUCUAUAACAAACCGGUUUUUCCCUCGAAGUCCAGCCCCGUUGCGGAAGGAGGAUUUUAAUUGGCCACCACGCCCCAGGGACCAUUCCAACCUGCUGCAGAAAAGCCCCACUGAGCAGCUGCCAGUUGCCCCGGCACGUCUUUCGCAGUCGCUCUCCAGUGUCCUCCGAGUUGUUUUUUUGGAGGUGUUUUUUUUUUUUAAUUAAAAAAAAAAUUCUCCCAGCCCAUUUAUAAAAAUACCCGCUGGGUCCGGGAGCUGACGCCAGCCUGUCUCGCGUGCCAGACGGGAACAUGAGCAGCAGCCCGCGCCCUGCCCUGUUCACAAGAGUGGGGCGUUGACUCUGAACGCCACAUCAGGACCCUGUGAAAAGCAAGAGGCUCAGUUUAGCCUUUGGGAUCCUUUUGCACACGGGCGAGUGUGUGUGCAUGUGCACAUGGGUGAGUGUGUGUGCACGCAUGUCUGUCUGUGGGCAUGUGUAAAAUAACACAGUAUGCACCCUGGAAUCACCAGGAGCCGGGCAGCAGCGCAGUGACUGGAACGGGGCUGUGAUGAACGCUCUGUGCUCAUUCAGGGGGUGCAGCCGAAGCCACUGGGGGAUGCACUAAUUUAGCAUCCUAUUGAGAACUAAAGCUGCUCUCUACCCCAGUGGAGCGUCCUCAGGGGACAGCCUGCCACCCGACCGUGGUGCUGAAAGCCCUGGGGCUGCAGGUGUCAUUUCUCCCUCUUGCGGUGGAGUUCUGGCCUUCACGCGCACCGGACCUUUACUGGUCGUCAUUCCGCGAGAGGCGAGGCUCUGUGCUGGAGGUUGGCCCGGGGGCUUUCUGAUUUACUUUCAUUUAUUUACACCAGGCAGGAAUUUGGUGCACGCAGCCACUCGGGGUCUAGUGCUAUCUUGACAUUUCCUGGGUUGUCCUGAUCCACCCUCUCCCGCCCCCAGAGGCAGGCGCAGAAGGGGAAGAAACACCCCCUCUUUCAGUGGGUCUCCCUCAUUUCCCCAGCGCGUCCAGCUACUCCAUCCCCACCAGCUGGCAAGCCAGCCCUGGCCAGCUUAAUCUCACUGCUUCCCAUGGCUGGAGAGGUGAGUACCUGCCCCCUCCUCCAUCCCUGACACAGCCCAGCAUGAAGGAAUCUGGGCUCUGCUCAGACCUGAGCUUCCCCAGUGAAUUUGGCACCAGCAGGGCUCCCCGCCCACAGCUCCCCCGGCGG